GGGUGGGGUCAAGAGGGGCCCAAGAUGGCUGCCCCCAUCAAGAUCACAGAGUGGGUUUCUUCCUAGAGUCUAGUUUCUGGCUGAUGCCCCUUAUUUCCCCACCACCACAAGCUUCCCCCCGCUUUUUGCCAGGACGCUGCCUGCUGUUUUGUGUGCGUGUAUGUGCCCAGUUAUCCGAGCUUCUCCUUCUGUGCAUGUUCCAGAUCUUGCUUUCGAAGCCUCUCGUGAGCAUCCAAAGCAUGCACUGACAGGUUUCCCCCUGCUCAGAAUCCUCAUAUCCUUUCUCUUCCUUUGCAAACCCCGCAAACCAGGUUCCGCUUUAUGCGGCUGACCUGGCAAGCUUCUUGUGAAACUUCGUUAACUCGUUGGCAAUAAAUAUCCGAAGAAGCGAGUUGUCCUGGGAUGCUGGGAGUGGUUAUCAUGGCUGCGGCUGCGGGUGUUAAAGCGCUCCUCCGCUUAAAACCUGGCGUUACUCUAUUCUUUUCUUUAAACUGAGAGGCAGGAAGUGGGACGCAAGAGUUCGUAUAAAUAGAUUUCUACCUUAAGAAGCAAACAAACGCCAAACCAAUGGGCCAAAGCUAAGCUUCUUAGCCUGGUUCUAGAGGGCCAUGGGGAACAUGCUGUCCCCUCUGCCUGGGCUGCGCAGGGGGUCGCAUCGGAAGGAGCCGCUUGCUAACCCGGGCAGCUUCGAUGAGCUCCAUCGGAAAUGCAAAGGUAAGCCGUCGUUUGCUCUUCUUCCUCAUCCCUCCUCAAAGCUCUCACCUUUCUCAUGAAGCCUUUGGUGCAGGCAGCCCCCUAGUCCUCAUGACGGUCUAUUGCUGGGGUGGGGAACCUCGGGGCUGGGGCUGGGGGCAAGUGCUGCCCUCCGGGCUGCUCUGUUUGGCCCUCGGACUUCUCUGCUGGCCCUCGCCCUGCCGUGCACCCUCCUUGAGUAGUUUUGUGUGGCUGCGGAAGUGCCAUAGCUCUGUAGGCAGAGCAUCUGCUUCACAUGAAGGAGACCCCGGUUCAGCCCCUGGCAUCUCCAGUUAAAAAGGACCAGUAGGGGAGAGGAAAGGAAAGACCCAUCCUGAGACCCCAGAGAGCUGCUGCCAGUCAGAGCAGGAGUCGCUGCACACUACCAGACCCCAAGAAGCUUUCCCUGUUGCCUGCAUGAUCUCCCUCUUCAUUCCUUCCCCGCGGCUGAAAUUCAUGAGAAAUUCAUUCAUACCGAACCACAAGGAUCACAAUGACUACUUAUAAGGAAGAUUCCUAUGUUCCAUGUGGAAGGUCCCCAGAUUCAGCCCCCCAGCACUUCCGCAUAGAGCCGGGAGAUGUUAAUCUGCACAGAAUACUGACUCUACACAAGGCAGCUUCCUACCUUUGAAGGUGACUCGGAAACUACAACUAAUCCAGAAUGCUGCAGCUAGACUGGUGACUGGGAGCAGCCGCUGGGACCAUAUAACACUGGUCCUGAAAGAACUACAAUGGCUCCCAGUAUGUUUCCAAGCACAAUUCAAAGUGUUGGUACAGAACUUUAAAGAACUAAAUAGCCUCGGCCCAGUAUACCUGAAGGAGCAUCUCCACCCCCAUUGUUCAGCCUGGACACUGAGGUCCAGCUCCAAGGAGCUUCUGGUGGUUCCCUCACUGUGAGAAGUGAGGUUACGGGGAACCAGGCAGAGGGCCUUCUCGGUAGUUGUGCCCGCCCUGUGGAACGCCCUCCCAUCAGAUGUCAAGGAAAUAAAUACUAUCUGACUUUUAAAAGACAUCUGAAGGCAGCCCUUUAUGGGGAAGGUUUUUUUUUUUAAAGUACUGUGUAAUGUUUUGUAUCUAUGCUGGAAGCCACCCAGAGGGGCUGGUGCAACCCAGUCAGAUGGGCAGGGUACUAAUAAUAAUAAUAAUAGUAAUAAUCCUCUAGAAAUGUGUCCUUGAGCUAUGAUUAUUCCUCUUGCUUGCUGGGUGGAAGUUGGAGAGAGAUGUGCAUGCAGAAAUCUCUCACUUUAUGUGGCUGUAAAACAGUUUUGCCUUUGGACAAUCGACUAGCUUCUCCAUGUGCUCACACACACUUCUGUCGUCCAUCCAGGCAUGUAGGAGGCAUAAAGGGAGUUCAAGGAUGCUUUCCAGUCAGGCAAAAACGCUCAAGGAGGGGGUGAAGCAGGACUCAAGAGGGGUGUGGCCUGGGGAGAGGGCCAAGGGCCAGGUAGAGAGGAUUGGAGGGCCGCAUCUGGCCCUUGGAGCUGAAGUUCUCCAUCUCUGGUCUAGGAAUUCCUGGAUUAUUCAUCUUCUUCAUUUUGUAAGCUUAAAUACUACUCCUGUCUCUCUUCUCCCUCCCUACUUCUGUUCCAGAAGUCUUCCCCCAGCAGACAGAAGGAGUCAAGCUUAUCAUUAAUAAAUCCCUCACCAGCCAUUUUCAGGUUCGUACCCUUGCUGCUAUUAAUCAUGCUGGCUAUUUUUAGUCAUAUAAAGUGGAGAAAUGGGUCCAGCUCCCAGGGGAAGCGCUGUGGCACAGAGGAACAGCAUCUGGUUUGCAGGCAAAAGGGGGAAGUGGGAAAUACUGUUCAAUAUUUACCAUAUUGCUCCCUGUAAGGUGUAAGGGGAGGGGUAGCGCCUCUGGUGGGGGACACACGCCAUGAUCUUUCUGGGGCAGUUUUUGUUCACUUUUGGUUCCCAGCCUGCACUCAAAUCUCACCUGUGGCUCCCAGAAGCUGUCAGCAUGCGACAGCGGCCACACCCUGGCAACUAAACCAGGUGAGGGGAGCCGAUGGGUUUCAAACCCUCAAUGAGUUAGGGGCUUCCCCUGCACGCGAAGACAGGCUCUGAAGGAUUGAGUGGAUGGGACAAAGAGUAGGUCCAAUGGGAGAAGGAAAUUUCGGAUCCUAAACCUCCACUAUCUUCGGGAGAAAAAAAGCGAUGGGGUAAACCCUACAGAAAUCCAGAAUGGCAUCCCUAAGACGGUUGGAUGGCGCAUUGUACGCCUCCCUCCAGCAACUCCUGCAGCCAAGCUGGUGCCAGACAUCUUGUUCUGCUUUCCUUUGGACCACAUCAGCAAGGCCAAGAGGAGGGUCUUGUUGUCUGGGCAGCCCAGGACCCCCAUACACACUGAAGAGACUUGCACCCUGGGAGGCCACUUCAGUGCUGCUAACGCAGCGCUUAGACUUCACCCCUGGAGGUCCACUCCAUUGUCUCUUGAGACAGAUGGAUGCCAACAAAAAAUAAUUUGCCUAGGGAUUGAUUCCCCAAAGGAAUUCUCCAGAGAGUUUCUUUUUGGAAUAAUAGGAAGGCGGGGGGGGGGAUCUGUUUUUUGCUGAUGGAUGGGGAUCUAUACACUCCAUAUAAGGCUUCUAUGUAUGCCAUUGCAACCCAACGAACCAGAUAAAAUGUUACUGUACAACAGGUUCUGUGUGCUGGGACCACCUAUGCUAAAACAUACUUCUGUGCUACCUGUAUUUUUGUGCUGACCAGCGGUGGCACCCAGCCUUACAGAUCCCAGAGCUCCCAAACCUGGAGUAUGAGCUGUCUGCUGGGUCACGGUGUUCAUUUCUCAAAGACGAUAAGACUCUCUUCCAUCAACGGAGUGCAUCUUUUUUCCUUCUUCCAGGUGACCCAUACUAUUCACAUGAGCACAAUUGGACAAUCAAGUUAUCAUCUCAAUACAACGUAUGUGGGAGACCAGCAGUUGAGCCCCACGGAAGUGAGCAAAGCAUUUAUUUUUUUCCUGGGGGGUGGGGUUGUGACAAGUGGGGAAAGUGCUGAAAAGAGCAACAUGGUUCUAGAUAUGUGGUCUUAGGGGGCUUUUGAAAAGUCUUAAUAAAAGUUUAUUUUUAAAAACGAUCUAGGAGUUGGAGCAACUCCCCUGUGAGGAAAGAUGACAAAAUUUGGGCCUUUUUCCUAAUUUAGAGGAAUCUUUUGCCCAAGGUGGAACUUGAACUCAGGGUCAUUCCAUGAAGCCACAGGUUGCCCAGUCCCCCAAUUUUAUAUUUAAUUAUUAUUUGCUGGUGUUUUGAGAAUUAAUUUUAUUGUGUACUGUUAUAUUCUAAUCGAUUAUUGAAUAUUACUUUUGAAGUUAUGUUUCAUUAUGACUUUCUGUAUUGGAUCAGAUUACUAUAAGGUGUGCAUAUUUUGUUGCUGUAAGCAUCCUUGUGUACUGAAAGGCUAUAUACAAGUUAAAAGUGAAAUAAAUAUCUUCUACCCAAAAUUCCCACUGCCCCAAGGAAAAAGCUGCAUCUCUUUUCUUCCUUCCAUCCUGCUGCUUAGUCACCACCUCUGCAGAGGCAGAGAUGCUUCCAGAAUGAUACUUGGCAUCCACAUUUGCUCGCCCUGACGCCAUCUUGAAUAAGGUGGAAGGAAAAAAUGGCAGCACCUAUGCACCAUCUGCUCUCUUGAGCAUGGGUUUCUAACUCAUUCAGUCUUCCUUCCUUUGAAUGCCAGUUGCUGGAGCACACAGGUGGGGAGGCUGUUCUCUAGCUCAGGUGCUGCUUUGGUGCUAAAUUUCAGUGCUUGGCCAUGGCAAGACGAGAUGGGCCAUUGGCUCUCCUUACCUUCUCCCUGCUUCCAUCAUAGGCCUUCCCAACUCUCAUUGGAGACAUUAAUAAUGCUGGGAGCCUCAAUGCUCAAGUGCUCCACCUACUGGCUGAGCGGAUACGGACAAAAGCUGUAUUCCAGGUAAAAACUACACAGGGAGUGUUUGGGUCUGAGGCCAACGGGCUUGAAGGCAGGAUCUUAAUGCUUUUGGUAUUGCCAGGCUGAAAACUCAUCAGCGUAUAUUUUUUUGAGUGUUCGAUGACAAGCAACAGACUUAUGCAACGGUUAAUUUUUAAAAAACCAUCCUAUCUCUCCCCCCCUCACUGUUUUUAAUGGCAUUUUACACUAGGUAUAUUGUUUAUGAAUUGGUAGUAUGCAAAUAUUUUUCUAAAUAAAAAUGAAUCCUAAAUAAAGAAAUUCAGAGGUGGCGUCUCACACGCCUGUGAGGCUUUCUCACGUUAACAACGGCAUCCUGUCUGAGAGGUUGAAGAGGCUGUAAAUCAGGGACUGGGAACCUGGGGCCCUCCAGAUAUUGUUGACUGGGGUUGAUGGGAAUCGGAGCGCAGCAGCAUUUGGCUGGUACCUGUUGGGGCUGGUAGGGCGGAAGCCAUGGAGCCCAACAGUGGGUGGCGCCAGAGCUAAAGACAGACAGAGUCAAAUAAUUCUAGUUUUGCCACCACCCUCCUCCCUGCUGUUGAGUUCUGUAAGUGGCAACACUGAGACUAAGGAGAGGGGAAGCUGGAAGGCCAUACAGUGGUACCUCAGGUUACAGACGCUUCAGGUUACAGACGCUUCAGGUUACAGACUCUGCUAACCCAGAAAUAGUACCUCGGGUUAAGAACUUUGCUUCAGGAUGAGAACAGAAAUCGUGCUCCGGCGGCGCAGCGGCAGCAGGAGGCCCCGUUAGCUAAAGUGGUGCUUCAGGUUAAGAACAGUUUCAGGUUAAGAAUGGACCUCUGGAACGAAUUAAGUACAUAACCAGAGGUACCGCUGUACUGUCACCUCCUGGACUGGUGGUUGGUAAGGCAGGCAGGUGGGAGCUGGGGGGGACGGGACAGACGAGAUGGGUGGGACAGUGCCCCAUUUGCCCUAAUGGACCAGUCUUUGCUAACAUGUGGUCCCCCUACAGCCCCUUGGGAGCUUUUGCAUCUCUGAGAACUAGGCUGUAAACUCGUUUUGAGUAAAAGUCCAUGCCCAACCCUGUUCCCGCCCCCCCAACUUUUUUGUGUUCCAGACUCAGCAGUCCAAAUUUGUGACUUGGCAGUUUGAUACCGAGUACCGAGGAGAUGACUACACGGCCACCCUGACGCUGGGCAACCCUGACUUGAUCAGCGAGUCGAGUGAGUGAGUGCCCGUCUGCCAUCUUGGCAAUCUUUGGCAAUUGCCGUAGGCUUGUUUGCAUCCUGCCCGCCCCUCUCUGGGGGGGGGGGAACUUAGUUCUUUGGUUGGCAGCUUGUCCAGGAAAAUAUACAAAUGUGUGUGUGUGUGCAUGUGCAUAGAUAGAUAGAUACAGGCAACUCUCUGUUUACGCGAUGGUUACGUUUUGAAGCACCACACAUUUAAGUGAAAUCACAUAUAUUGGCAACACAAUUGGAAAAAGCUUGCAAACGCCGCAGUUGCUGUCUCCCAGCCUCCUUCCUCAAACUCCCAGCUCUCCGUGGGCCUCAGCGGUCAGUGCAAAGGCUCAUGGGAUUGCACUUGCUUGCUAGGGAUUGCUAGGCGCUAUUUUUGUGCCAUUUUGGGGCUCUUUCGGGGGCUGUUUUUGCCCCUUCUGGGUUUGCGCGAUGCACGUGUUCGUUGUCACAUGUGCCUUGAGCAUGCACAAAUGGAGAGUUGCCUGUACAAAUGUAGGGAAGCAGGCAGAGAGAGGCUGACAUUAUGGGGAGAGAGGCAGGCAGGCAGUGAGAGGGAACCAGACUUGGAUGAAUGCAGAAUAAAUAGGUCACAAUGCAGGGUUUCCCAAAUGUGCGUCUCCAGCUGUUUUUGGACUACAAUUCCCAUCAUCCCUAGCUUGCACAGCCACUGGUCAGGGAUGAUGGGAACUGUAGUCCAGAGACAGCUGGAGACCCUAGUUUGGGAAACCCUGGCGUAGUGGUUAAGAGUGUUGGACUAAGACCUGGAGGUCAGGGUUUGAAUCCCCACUGGGCACGAAGCUCACUUACGAUACAAUACGAUACGAUAAUCUUUAUUAUCAUUGUCCCAUACAGAACAACGAAAUUGAAAACGAAAUUGAAAAAAUCUACACCAGACAUUAAAAAAAAGCCUGCUAUCCCAACUAUCCCAGCCUGGUUAGCCCCUAAAAACUCUCAUACCCCAUCAUUGAAUACAAUAUGCUCACACAGAGACUACCUUCCACUGCGUUUAAAACCAAAAUUGCAUUUGGAUAGAAACUGUUUCUCAGGUGGCUAGUCCUAGUCUUGUAGGUCACCUUGAACCAGUCAGUGUCUUUCAGCCUAACUUACCUCACAGGGGUUGCUGUGAGGUUAAGAUGGGGAAAAGAGAACCACCUCGGAGGAAAAGGUGGUAAAUAAAUGUAGUAAAAAAAGAAAGAAAAGACAUUUGGAGGCCUAGAAUGGGAGGGGGAGCCCCUAAGACCAAUGUUUCCCUCAAAUGACCACUAGAGGGGGCGACUCUCCCGCAGCUGCUGUGUUGCUUAGCAACCAACCCUAGUGAAGGAUGGAGUUUCUACCAUGUAAUGUAGGGCCUGCUAAACAGUGAGAGGCCCUAUGUCACCUGGUGGCAGCUUCGAACAUGGGGCAAGAACAUCAUGGCUUCUUUGUGGCCUGCAGCGAUGCCUGGAGAGGGGUGGAGUAGCAGCCUAGCAGUUCCCCCCCGGGUGGGACAAAUUUGCUUCCGUCCUCAACUCCUGACUAGUGUGUUAUUUUAUUUCUUUAUUGAAUUCCUGUCCCACACUUCCUCUCCCAAGAAGCCGAGGCAAACGGAUUUGCACAAUUUUAAAAUGGAUUAAUAUUUUACAGCCUUUUGAAUCCGUCUGUGGGAAAGGGGGAGGUUAUUGUUUCGCUGUUUCGUUUUACUUAUUUUUCAAGUUUUUAUCCUGUGUUUUUGCUCUGUGAACUGCCCUGAGAUCUUAGUGAGGGUAUAGAUCAAAUAAAUAAAUCUAAUAAACAAAUAAAAACAAAAAUCAAGCAAAAACAUCCUGGAAGAAAGUAAAAGGUUCUUAAAAACAGCAACAGUUGAAAACCUCUCAAAGCAGUUCCAGGUAAAAGCAUUGUAAAAGCAGCCACAAUUAAAAACUUCUUAAGUUUCCAUUAAAUUUUGGCAUGGCUGCUUGUACCAUUUUGAAUGCUGGGUGUGGGAACAGAGAAAUUGCCCUGGAUCACUUGGAUGAACUACUGAACGUUGUUGAAGGUUGUUUCAUUAAGGGACAGACAUGAACUGUAAUUAAGUUCCUUUUCGGACAUGUUGAACUUGAACUAGUUCCUUUUUAAAACAAACUUCCCAGGCUCUGCUCAAAACUCUGCCCAGGCCACAGCCCUCCCUGGCCCUGCUGUCCCCUCACCCAACUAUUUUUGCCUAGCUAGAUCAUUCCCUUGAACUCUGAUAAUGCCUCUUGGCUUGCCUGGGUGAAGGAGAUAGAGAGGUGUUUGUGUGUUUUGAAGGUUGCCUCCUGUGCAAAGUACAAAUUUGCAUGCAUUGCUUUGUCUACUUUGGCCUCUGGCCUGCCCGUCGUUGGCAUGUGACAGCUCUUGGGAGGUUGCCUUCAGACUAGAAAAAGUUCCCUCUGUCCGUGCUGAUGGACCAGACUGCAACCUAACAACCGUUGCUCUAGAGAAACCAUAGUGAACUGCUCCAACUCUGCCUUUCUCCAAGUUGGUGUGACCUAUAGAACAGGCAUGCGGAACCUUUGGUGCUGGACUGCAAUUCCCAUCAGCCUCAGCUUCUUUUCCAACCCUUCUUUGCUGCUCACAGUAAAAUACUUUUUUUAUUAAUUUAUAAUACUUGCCCAUCCAUUGCUAUUUCCAUUGAUGCUUCAUGUUCAAUUCCUGCUCAGACGUUUUUCUGUUUUCCCACUUAAUCAAGUAGAGCUAAUCUGUCCAUAUACCGUAUUUUUCGCUCUAUAAGACGCACCAGACCACAAGACGCACCUAGUUUUUGGAGAAGGAAAACAAGAAAAAAAAUAUUCUGAAUCUCAGAAUCCAGAACAGCGAGAGGGAUCGCUGCACAGUGAAAGCAGCAAUCCCUCUUGCUGUUCUGGCUUCUGGGAUAGCUGUGCAGCCUGCAUUCGCUCCAUAAGACGCACACACAUUUCCCCUUACUUUUUAGGAGGGAAAAAGUGAGUCUUAUAGAGCAAAAAAUACGGUAAAUCAUUAAUCGUAAUUUUAAAUCAUAUUUCCUCAAUAAUAUCCUCUCAUUCGUAAUAUCCGAGUUUUACAAACCUCACAAACAUCCAGAAAAAAAUCUCCUCGUCUCCCUUGUUAUGCCAUUCCCUUUUCACAAAACAAACCAGUCACUAUCCAGUUUCCCAGGUUUAAUACACUUCCCUCCCAUUAUUCACAGAUUUUAUUUGUUUCUACUUCCAUCGGCCCUGGCCAGCAUGGCUAGUGAUAAGGGAAAAAUUGGAAGCUUGGCGAGAUCUGGAGGCCAAGAGGUUGCCCUUCUCUGCUGUAGCUGCCCCAACACUUGGGUAGCUCAGUCUAGGAGGGGACGCAGGAAGCUGGCUUAUAUUGAGUCAGGCUGAGGCGUUCUCAAAGUAAAGGAAGGACUGAACUCUGAUUAAUAAGAAUACACACAGAGGCUUGAACCAGCAAGACUCUGGGAAGGGUGCGUAUAAUAAUCUCUCUUCCUCUACCCCUCAGCCCAGGUCGUUUUAUUCACAAAAGAACUUUUUACAGAUAGUUCGUAAGAACCAAUCAGAUUUCUUCUGAGCAUUUCAACAAACCCCAUGCGGGGACAAAGUUAAACUACAGACACUAGUUAGGCAUGCAAACUUUUGGGUAAAUGAAUGAAAACUACAAAGGAGUGCAUUCAGCAACCCCAGAGGUCAUAAUCAAUCAAUACACAUGAUAAGAAGGAUGGCCAGGAGGACAGCGAUCAUUAUCUUUUCUUUUUUUUUAAAAUGAUAUUUAUUGAGAAUUUUAAAGUUACAGAGAAAAAAGAAGGAAAAAACAAGAGAAAAAGAAAGAAAGAAGUAGAUAAAAAUAACAAUUAAACAAUACAAAUCAAUAAACAAAGUCAAAGAGAAAAAACAAAACACACAGUACAUCAAAAUCAAAAAGCAAAAAUAAACAAAAAAUUUAAAAACAAAUCCAAUAUUUCCAAAUCCUUAACUUUCAUUAACUUAUUUCAUCGACCUCCUCACACCUCCCUGUUUUGUAUUCUAGUUGUUAAUUAUCUCAGCAAAUCCUUUCCAUCUUUCACAAUAUUCUGUCAUUAAAUUACCUUAAUCUAUUUUAACCUUAUCUUACCAUAAAAAACCUUAAAACUUAAAACUUAAAUCUUAUAUAUACCAAAUUCUUUUAACCAUAACAUAUUCUUACAUAAUUCUUUUUAACAUUUCUGCUAAGGCCAAAUAAUUUCAUUACAACAUUUUUCUAAUACUCAUUAAUUUUACAAUACUUUCCUAAAUUAAUUUUUAAAACUUUCUUCCAAUCUUCAGCCAUCGUCUCUUCUUCCUGUUCUCGGGUUUUGUCAGUCCUUUCUAUUCCGUCCAUCUAGUCCAUCAACCUGGUGAUCUUAUGUCUGAGGCUCUUAAGUCUUUUCCAUGUCCCUUCUGCAGAUCUUCUUCUUGUUUAUACCUGCACUUUACUUUGUCUUUUGUUGAUCUUUUUCUUAAUUUCUUUCCUUUCUCAUUGGGGGGUAGGUCUCGGGAGGACUCCAAUCCAAAAAUAUCAAAAAUAUCUCCAUCUCUCCUCAGCAGAUCAGCCCAUUCCCCACAGUCCCAUUCCCCACAGUCAGCACUGUAAUCCAGAAAGUAUUUAAAAGCAUGUUUCAAAGUCCUUCCAAAAUUAAGAGCCCUCACAACUCCAGACCCCCCCUGGUCCACUCCAGAUUCAAACUUCAAGAACAGCGGUUUAUACUCCUGCAAAGCCUCGGAUUUCUCCAUUUGUGUUACUUGAGGUUCAACAACAACCUCCUCCAUUUUCUUCUGCACUUGCGCUUGCCCUGUCAAAACAGGUUCCUGGGCUGGUUCCUGAAUGGUUUCCAUAUGGGUAUUCACCGUUUGUCCAAAAUUUUUAACUGCAACAGUCAUCAAAUCCAUCUUCUCAUGCAUCUGCUCCAGCAAAGCACUUGUCUUACAAAAAGCAAGCACCAAGACUUCUUGUAAACACAUUUUUAUUCAAGGUUAGAGUCCGGUCUCACGAUCCUAAUCUUACAGCUGUGAGGUCCCCAGAUCGACUCCGGCAACAAAUUAACAAGCUCCCUCUAGAGGAGACAAUUUCUAUUUGUAUCCAUCUUUGAAAACAGGACCAACAAAAGAAAAUUACUUUCACUUUUCAAAUACUUUGUUUCUUUUGAUUGCAAGAAGCUACAUUGGAGUCAAUUUGUUUCUCUUUUUUUUUUUUUUUUUUACUAUCUGUCAAAAGACGUUCCAUUCAGAGUCGAUGAACUUCCCCAUAAAUUUCUGUCCCUGACACCCCGUUCCCAGGUUUGAGACGAUGGAAAUUUAUCUUUCUUUACUCUCUCUCCUGCAGGCUUAAACAGUCAAAAAUUCCCCCUCUUUUCUCCUGCUUCCAAGAGGGGUUUUAGUGGUAAUAAAUGAAGGAAAUUUAGAACUUUAUAUACGACUUUCCAGACUUUAGCUUACAAAGUUUUUGCUUCAAUCUAUUUACAAAAAACGGGAGGCAGACUUCCUGUUUAGAGCCUUCCCGCUUCAGUGCCAAAUUAAAAUGUUUCUUAAUCUAAUUUUCCAUUCUACUCACGGUUACUUGUUUAGAGUCCAGUUGUCCACAGGAAAAAGUCAGCGCUCUCCGGCAACGGCUGUGCGGAUUUACUCCGUAAAAGUAGCGGUUGAUUCAAAACACCGCGCCACUCACCCCACGUCGCUUCAGAUCCCCAAAAAAGGGUUUCCCUGCGAGUAGGGGAGGCGCUCCUGGUGUCAGCCAAAUCCCACGUUCCCAGGCUUCCUCCGCCUGGGAUUUUUAGAGGGUCUCUGCCUUCGCCGCGGCAGCAAGACCCGAUUUUCACGGAGCGGGUUCCUCUCGGUCAGAGGAGCUCCGCCAUUGCCGAUGGCGCUGACCCGGAAGUCCGACAGCGAUCAUUAUCACCUUUAUGUGAGACCUGUUUCCUGGCCCAAAGAUUAACAUCCUAAGAUUAACAUAUCAGAAAAGCUACAGCAAAGAAACUGCCCACUGUCUUUGAUGACCCAGGACGCUUGCCUGUCUAAGUGUGUACGUGACUUGUGAAGAAAGAGAAAUGGAACAGGGAUGCAGAGGUGCGGAUUGAUCCGAUCAAGAAUCAUAUCAAAAUAGUUUAAACCCAGUCAACGCAAUGCUUUCAUUGCUGACACAGAUGGCUUACUCUAUAUUUGUUAUAAUUCCUCAUAGCAAUACCACCUGAUCACUACAUCAGGCCACAGGUCCAUCUAGCUCUGUACUGCCUGCACUGACUGGCAGUGGCUCUCCAGGGUUCCAGGCAGUGAUUUCUCCCAGUGCUACUCUGCCUGGAGAUCCUGGGGACUGAACCUGUACGCAAAGCAGAUCAUAGAAUCAUAGAGUUGGAAGAGACCACAAGGGCCAUCGAGUCCAACCCCCUGCCAAGCAGGAAACACCAUCAGAGCACUCCUGACAUAUGGUUGUCAAGAUGUGCUACCGCUAAGCCACAGCUCGUCUCCAAAGGGUGUUGGUUAUUUUUCAGCUGCAUGCAAGUCUUUUUUUGGGGGGAUGACACUGACUUGCUCUUCCUUCUUUGCAGUCAUUGUCGUGGCACACUUCCUGCAGAGCAUCACUUCGCGGUUAGUCCUUGGCGGGGAAAUGGUGUAUCACCGGCGGCCGGGGGAAGAGGGCGCCAUCGUCACGCUUGCUGGGAAGUACACAGGUUGGUUUCCUUUUGCUGAAGGUUUGGGGCGUGACUCGAGGAGCAGGCGCUCGUCCCCCACAUACGUGGCCUCCAUUUUCCAUCAUGGUUCUUCAAAGAGCAGCUUCUUGAUAUUGCUUUAUUCGGCAUCAGAUGCGAUCGGCAUGAAAAGCCUUCAGCCCUCCAGGUGUUGCUGAACUACAGCGCCCAUCAUCCCUGGUCCUUGGCCAUGCUGACCGGGGCUGAUGGGAGUUGUAGUCCAGCCAACAUCGGGAUGGCUAAAGUUUCCCCACACCUGAACAAGAGCACACAGAGCUGAUUGAAACACUUGCAGAAAGGCUCAUUUCUCAGUUGGCCUCGGACUUUCCUGUUUCGGGAUGUGGCAGGAAGAAGCCUUCAUGUCCAAAUGCUUCUCUGUGUCAGAGGCUUCUCUGUAUCAAGGGCAAAAUCAGUUUAUGGCUGCUAAAUUUUUUCCUUCUUCUUUGCGUCUGGGAGAUACUGUGGUACCUUGAGUUAAGAACUUAAUUCGUUCUGGAGGUCUGUUCUUAACCUGAAACUGUUCUUAACCUGAGGUACCACUUUAGCUAAUGGGGCCUCCCACUGCCACUGCGCCGCCACCGCCCAAUUUCUGUUCUCAUCCUGAAGCAAAGUUCUUAACCCGAGGUACUAUUUCUGGGUUAGCGGAGUCUGUCACCUGAAGCAUCUAUAACCCGAGGUACCACUGUACUGUGAAUAAUCCAGCUGCAGACACACACACACACACACACACACACACAUAUGAGAGCAGGGAUGAAGAAACCUGUGGCCUCCCAGGUGAUGGCCACAUCCACACCAUACCUUUAAAACGCUUUUGUACCUCUUCCAAACAGUCAUGUUUAAUUACUGGCACCCAAAGAAUAUUGGGAACUGUAGUUCAUUAAGGGAGCUGAAAGUCAUUAGGCUAUCUCCCAGUUCCCCUCACAGAGCUAUAAAUCCCAGGAUGGCUUAAGAAUCAACUCCUCUUCCCAGGGAAUUCUGGGAUGUAGCUCUGUGAGGGGAACACCGGGGGGGGGGAUCUCCUAACAAUUCUCAGCACCCUUAAUGAAAUAAAUGUGUUUUACUUUCUGAAGGAAGGUGGGAGGAGAGGCAAGGAAAAAGAUCUACCCUCCCUCCUUUUUUUCUAAGGAUUCUACUCUCCCUUCCUCAAAACAGCAGCCACGUCUGACAGCAGAUAUUUUGGUUUCCCUGGAAAACUGUAUAAUGGUUCAAGUGGACUCUUGUAGCCAGGAGAGCUGCGUCAAGAAGUGUCUGCGUAGUCUAACACACACUCUUAGCCAAGAAUAGAGACAGGAUAGAGGUGUUGUUACACAGAUGUCAUUAAGCCGCACAAAUCUGCCCCUCCACCCCCCAAAAAAACCCUCAUUGGGGUCCAUGAAUUUCAAUGUGUUCCUUUGUGCUGUAUGUAUUUCCCCCCUUUUUUCUGUAGCCCUCAAAUGGAUAGCCACCCUGAACCUUGGCUAUGGCGGGGCUCACGCCAGCUAUUAUCACCGUGCCAAUGACCAGGUGAGUCAAAAAGGAGUUUCUUCGGCGCCCCCGCCCAUUGCCCACUUUCUUUGGCCAAGUCUGACCUCUUGAUUUCUCCCCCUCAACAGAUCCAGGUCGGGGUAGAAUUUGAGGCCAACACUCGGCUGCAAGACACGAGCUUUGCCUUUGGUUAUCAGCUCACGCUGCCACAGGCCAACAUGGUUUUCAGAGGUGAGCGAGGGGCUGGGACGCCCUCCCUGUGCGAGGCCAGAGUGUGAUCAAAUGCCUGAACCUUCCUGCCACAGGCCCUGCUUCCCAUAAGCCCUUCCUUCAUCCGCCGUUGCCUGUCUUCCUGUGACAGGAUAGUACGCACCCCGGAAAUGAUCUCUUUCAGCUUCUGCCUUCUGGAAGAAGGUAUAGGGUUAUAAAGGCCAGGACUAGCCGCCUGAGAAACAGUUUCUACGCAAAUGCAAUUCUGGUUCUAAAUGCAGCAUAAGGGGUCUCUAUAGUAUAGUGUAUUUUAAAAUGGGGUUUCAGAGUUUUUAGAGGGGUUUGAAUGUUUUAUAUAGUUUUGUAGUAGUUUUGUAGUAGUUUUGUAGUAGUUUUGUAGUAGUUUUAUGUAGUUUUUCAAUUUCAUUGUUCUGCAUGGGACAAUGACAAUAAAGAUAUCGUAUAUCGUAUUUAUCGUAUAUUGACAGGAAAUGAGUUUGGCAGGGAUAGGGAACCUGAGUUCCUGUCUGUCGUGAGCCCUGUGGAGGUGUCAUGGGAGGGGGGGGGGGGAACGGGACAGGAACAUCCUGAGGAGAUGAGGGGAAAAGAAAUCAGGAGGUUGCAGCUAGAUGACCCUGAGCAGCAUGAAGAGGACAAAAUUGGGGCCUCAAGAAAUGUCUGAGCUGGAGGAGGAGGGCUGGUGAUUGAGGAAGCCAGGAGCUGAAUCCCAGGGAAAGGUUUAAACAGAUUGUCAGAGAGAUGUCCCAUCUUGGAAGUCUUCCCUGAGUGUGAGGCUCUCCUGAAGCCAAGCUUGGGGGCUCUCAAGGCCAUCCAGCAGAGUCUGAGAAAAACUGGCCAGACUUUUUAGAGAGGAGAGAAGACUGCAUCUCAGCAGCUUGCUUGAGAAGUUCCAGCGGUGGGGAAUUGUAAACUGGGUGGCUGCUAUUGCCAUCUUAACUUGGGGGUCCCCCACUCCCCUGAGGUUCAGGUGGCCUUUACCACUGUCCCUAGUGUGACAGGACCUCCCCUGUGAAGGCCAGCAGAAGUCCACCCUGCUUUCUUUGAGGCACCUUUUAAAAACCAUACAGUUCAGACAUGGUUCUCUCUCUCUCUCUCUCUCUCUGUGUGUGUGUUUUACCAACCAAUCUUUAUUGAUGUUAUAGUUAAUAGGGUUGCCAUAUUUCCAAAAUCUCACCAACAACAAAAUGAAGUUUUUGAGCUAUUUUGAAGGAAAUUCGCCAAAAUCAACACUUCCAACACGGGUUGCCUGUCCAGAUUUCCCCAGACAUUGCAGUGAUUUCCACCUGGACGCUGUUUCUGAGUACCAUACUGUGUCUGGGAAAUUCCAGAUGUAUGGCAACCCUAUUGUAGUAAUACUAUAUUUUUCCAUAGGGCCCUGCUGCCUUAUUACCCUUUUUUUUAAAAAAAAAAAAAUCAAAUUACAGUUUGUAAAUAUUUAAACCUACACAAAAUGUGCCCCCUCUUUCCUUUUCUAGGUUUCCUGGACAGUAGCUGGUGUGUGGGGGCUGUCCUGGAGAAGAAGCUCCCCCCUCUGCCCGUCACCCUGGCCUUGGGAGCCUUCCUCAACCACUGGAAGAACCGGUUCCAUUGCGGCUUCAGCAUCAUCGUGGGCUGAGCGCCCUGAAGAUCCACCUCUCUCGACUGCGCGAGGCAGUUGGAUUUGAUUUUGCGAAGCUGCUUGGUCAGAGGGGACCCCCGUUCUGUCCGUGUGUCUGUGUGUUUUGUGUGGGCAGAGCGGGGCACUUCACCACAGACUUCUGCAGUGGGGCAGCGAUGAUUUGGGGGCCCCAGCAUCCUCUCAGCGUGCCUGCAUCACAGCCCUGCCUUGAGGAGGUCCACGGAUUUUUUAUUUAUUUAUUUUUUGUCUCCAGAAGGACAUUUAAUGUUAUUGGUGUGGCAGGGAGGGAGAUGUGCUCUCCUCCGAAAACAUGACCAUGUAUUGUUUUCUUCCAGAUCGUGCACGGCAUAAACUCCGCGGCAGGUGUUAUGGUGUGGGUGACGGGGCAGGGGGCUCGUGGAAGGACGGAUGCCUUCAUUUGCUGGGGCUUGGAGGAUGUCGAUCAUGGCAUUCCCUUGAGGAACUGGGAAUCGAUGCCAUCACUACGUCAGUUCUGGCCCACAACUCUGAAUUUUGAAGAGGGUGGCAUGCAUGUGGGCAUCGUGCCACUCCCCUUGCCUGGGACUGUGAUGAGGGCAAGGGCUGUGGCUUCUGUGUAGUGAUGGCUUGGAAUAUAAUUAAAAUCAUGCUGGGGACAUCCCAUCCCCCCUCAAAAA